AGUGUAUAUUAUGUUGAAUGCCAACGCACUAUUAACGUGGUAAUAAUCCGCCAAAGACAAAACGUCAGAAAGAGAUAAAAUUAAAUUACAAAAAAAGGACAGAAAAUUGUAUUUUAAAAAAUAAAAAAUCACCGCUGUACUUACACUGAACGUGCUGUACUUGUGCUUACACCUUGAUAAAAAAAAAAAUCACCUACACACAUACAGAGAGAGGAAGAGAGAGGAGAGAACGAAACGAGAGAGAUUUAUUAAACCAGAGUCAUUGCCUUGUUGGCUCUUUUCAUUCCAGUUGUCGUCGUGUCCAGUGUGUGGUUCGCAGUCGUCAGCAGGAGUUCAUCAACAACUCAUUCAUUGUAUUAGAAAACAAAAAAACAAUAUGAAGCUUGCCGGAUUUUUAUUUGUGAUAUGCUGUCUUGCUUUGUCAAGUGCUGAGGAGAUUGAAAAAGAGGAAGAGGUCCUCGUAUUAACAACUAAAAAUUUUGAUGAUGCCGUCAAACAAUUUGACUAUAUUUUAUUGGAAUUUUAUGCUCCAUGGUGUGGUCAUUGUAAAGCACUUGCUCCAGAGUAUGCUAAAGCAGCACAAGCACUUGCUAAAGAUGGAUCUGAAGUUAAACUUGCUAAAAUUGAUGCAACAAAAGAGCCAUCACUUGCUGAAAAACAUGGUGUACGUGGUUAUCCAACAUUGAAAUUCAUGAAAAAAGGUAAUCUCAUUGAUUACAAUGGUGGACGUCAAGCUGAUGAUAUUAUCAAUUGGGUUACAAAAAAAACUGGACCACCAGCAAAAGAAUUAACAUCAGUUGAUGAUGCUAAAUCACUUAUUGAUGCACACAAUGUUGUUAUUGUUGGUUUCUUCAAAGAUGCUUCAUCUGAUGCUGCUAAAGUAUUUAUUGAUGUUGCUGGUGGUAUUGAUGAUCAUGUAUUUGCUAUUACAAGUGAUGAUAAAAUAUUUGAAGAAUACAAAGCUGAAGAUGGUAAAAUAAUACUUUUCAAAAAAUUCGAUGAAGGUAAAACUGUAUUUGAUGGUGAAUUUGUUGCUGAUAAAGUUAAAGAAUUUAUAACUGUUGAAUCACUUCCAUUGAUUGUUGAUUUUAAUCAAGAUACUGCACAAAAAAUAUUUGGUGGUGAAAUUAAAAGUCAUUUAUUAUUAUUUUUAAGUAAAAAAGAAGGACAUUAUGAAAAAUAUGUUGAAGGUGUUAAAGAAACAGCUAAAAAAUACAAAGGACAAAUAUUAUUUGUUACAAUUGAUGGUGAUGAAACUGAUCAUGAAAGAAUAUUAGAAUUCUUUGGUAUGAAAAAAGACAAUGUACCAGCAAUGAGAAUAAUUAAACUUGAACAAGAUAUGUCUAAAUACAAGCCUGAAAAUGAUGAACUUGAUGCUGAAAGUAUCAUGAAAUUCGUAACUGAUUUUGCUGAAGGUAAAUUGAAAAGACAUUUAUUAACUCAAGAUUUACCAGAAGAUUGGGACAAAGAAUCAGUCAAGAUACUUGUUGGUACUAAUUUUGCUGAUGUUGCAUUGGAUAAAACUAAAAAUGUACUUGUUGAAUUUUAUGCACCAUGGUGUGGACAUUGCAAACAACUUGAACCAAUUUACAAAGAGCUUGGAGAUAAAUUUGCCAGUAUGGAUGAUGUUGUAAUUGCCAAGAUGGACUCAACUGCCAAUGAACUCGAAGAAGUCAAGGUCAACAGCUUCCCAACUAUCUACUUGUACAAGAAAGAAACAAAUGAGGCAAUUGAAUACAGUGGAGAAAGAACUUUAGAAGGCCUUUCUAAAUUUGUUGAAUCUGGUGGUGAAGUUGGUAAAGCUCCAGAAGAAGCACAAGAAGAAGAUGAAGAUGAUGAUGUGCCAAUAAAAGAAGAGCUGUAAAUAAAACAUCUUUAAAAUUUAUAUAAGAAAAAAAAAAACGAAAUUUAAAAGCUUAAAUUUAAAGAAGAUUAUAUUUUAAAGAAACAAAGAUUUAAAAACGUAUUUCAUCACUUAAAAAACAAAUAAUAAUGGCAUGACAAUUUUUCCGGUAUUGACAAGUCUGACUGAUUAAACUUUUUUUUUUUUUUUUGUUCAUUUUUUAACAGUUUAAGUUAAUAUUUUUUUUUUAAAUAUCUAAACAAUUAUUUUGCCGGCAUGUCAAGCCAUUUUCCGAUAUUUCCAUAGA